AUGAAUGGGAUGGCCAACGUGAAUUCUGCCAGCCGCCCACACUAUGCCUCCUCCAUCCCCGUGCCUCGAGCUUCCUCACAGACCAGGAUUCACACCCCGGGUGCUUCUCCUCAGCUUCGGCCUCGUCAGGCUGACUUGGCCCUGAGCCCUCAGCGAGCUGCCUCCCCGAGAAGGGGCAAGGCAGCAGUUUCUUCCAGAAACUCCUCCCCCAAGGCCUAUAGAGGAAGAGGCACCCCCAGGGCCUCAGGGCCAGCCAGGGAGUUGUCUGAGAAUGUAGAAAGCCUCCCUAGCUCCCCCUGGAGCAGCCCCAGGGUAACCCCCAAAAGAUCCCUCUCCAGUCAGACAGGAUCCAGAAGAGCUGGGGAGACACAAAGCACCCAGAGGAAGAAGAACCAGGAAGGAAUCUCAGUUCGCCAGACCAGGGGAAGGAGCCCACCCCAGACAAGCUGUCAUGGAGAAACUCAAAUUCCAGGGCCUUCUGAAGGUCGAAUGCUUCCUAGCUGCCAGGAAAAAGAUCAAAGAGACAAAAAUUACAAACCCCCUAGGUCUCUGGAGCCUGAUGAAGGAGCAGCUUCAGGGACUUCGUGUCCAGUCUACAGUCCCAUGCAGAGCAAGAAGCCCUCUCCUACUCCAGGGGCCAUUAGCUUUUCCUCUGCCCAUCAGCAGAGCCAGCCAAUCACAGCCACGGUGGCCCCUUUUCAGUACAGGUUGCAGACAGACCAGGAGCCUGGCCCCGGUCCUCAGGAAAACUGGGCCCUUGAUGGAUACACCAGCCUCCCUGGCAGGACUGAGGACAGCUUUUCCUGCAUGGCUGCAGCCCGCAGCCUCUCCGCGAGCUGGAAGGAGUAUAGUGAGGGCGCUGCCCGGGAGUGUGCGGCCUUUUGCAUAGAUCGGCCGCCGCCGGGGGACCUAGAUGAGAUCCGAGCAUCGCUGCACGUCCCCUCUUUGAUGGAGCCUCCCGGCUUCCAUCCUUCCUUUGACUGA